UUUCUCUUCUUCCCACACAUUAUUUUUAUUAUCUCACAGACUGUGUUUAGUGUUGAGAUUUUGAGAUCUUCACCGCCGAACCUUCUUAAGUCUUUCCUUUCUGUGCAGUUCUUCAACAAUAUAUAUAUAUAUAUAGUCCCUAAGUAUCUCUAUAUUUCUACACCAUUACUCGCUUUUCUUCUCUCCUUAGUCCCUAGCUACCUUAAAUUUGUUCAAUUAACUUUCCUUACAUAUUAUAUGGCUUCUAGUGGUGCCACACCUCUGUGUAAUAAUCAUUCUCUAAUACAUCUCCCAAAACGCUCCGUUUUGCUGAAGGACUACCUGAGGGAUGACCUCAGUUCGUGUUCAACGAACGGUUUCAAAUCGUUCCCGCGCCGACAAUGCUGCACCACCGUGGGAUUCUUCGGGGAGAAAGAUCUCCAGCUCCAACGCAAAAGAAGGAGCACGCUCCCUCGACGACGAUCCACAACCAUAUCGGCCUUGCAGAGAGCUUCUGGAGCAGUAAUCAACGCGAUAAAGUCACUGCCGCCGUUGUCACAAAAGAGUGGUAAAGCGAAGAAAGGUGUUGCCGGUGUUCUUUGUAGAAGCUUCUCGAGGAAGGUUUUGAGUAGAAGAUUCUGGAGGAAAGCGGCGGCGAGGGAAGAGGGAAACGAAGAUGUGCCGCGGAGGAGGAGAUCUUUCCAUGAACUCAUCAUGCUGGAUCAUGAGGAGCAUCGUAAAGCGACGUCGUUGAAUGAGGAUAGUACUACCGUGUUCGCUGCGCAUGCCCCGAGCGUGACCACCUCUUCCGCUUGUGGCAGUGAAAGCUGGGGAGACAGCGAGUUCACUUUUACAUCUGCCGGUGCUUCUUCUUCCUCUGAGAGCUCCAACGAGAAUUACCUCGUACUUGAGGGUACCGAAGAGGGUGCGCCCCAUCACAAGGUGGAAGAAGUAGUAACUAAGGAAUAUUGGCCGAAUGAUGAGAAGGAACAAUUUAGUCCUGAAUCAAUACUAGAUUGCCCGUUUGAAGAUGAAGAAGAUAUUUACAAGUCUCAAAUCAAUUCCACUUCCAUUACUCUUUCCUUUUCUCAAGGAAGGAAACACAAGCAUAUGCACAAAAGAUGCCAUUUUGAAAGUGUGGUUCCACUGGAGCCAGUGGUUUUAGAGAAAAUGUUCGCGCGGUUAGAGCUGGAGGAUGAACCACACAACCAUUAUACAAAACAAUGUUCCCGCUUAUUAGUGCCAAAAGUGCGUGCCCAAAACAACUUGCGUCGUGACAACAAUCACAACCAUGAGGACAAUGCUCGUGAUCUUCUCAACUUCGUUAAAAGGUCAAUUACACCCAACAGUUUGAUAACAAAGGCAGAGAACCUGCUGUUUGAUUACUUCAAGCAGAGUAUUGAGGAAAACAAAGACAUUGAUUAUUCAAAGAAGCUUCAAAUUUGCAAGGUAGCUGAAGAUUGGAUAAAUGGACAACCCCAAGAAAUGUAUUUGGGUUGGGAAGUGCAAGGAGGAAGGUGUGUCUACAUUAGGGAGAUGGAUAAGUGUGAGGAGUGGAAGAGCUCUGAUCAAGACAUACAACAAUUGGGUCAGGAGCUGGCAAACGAGGUGUUCACUAAUUUGGUGAAUGAGUUCACACUUGAACUCACGUCAUGUGCUAGCCACUAAUGAGAUGUUGCAAGUAUCUUCCUCCAUUGUUUUUUUUUUUUUUUUUUUUGCUUUUUACAUUAAUUGUAUUAGCCUCUUCUCCCUGUCUCGGGGACACGGGAUGCUAAAUUUUGGAAGGAACUAUUAGGGGAAAUUUUGGUUUUAGUUAUGAUGUUUUUCUUCCCCAUAUCCUGCAUAAAUAUUACGACUUGGGAGAAACCAAUUAAGUGCAUGUAUGGAUACCUAAA